AUGAUUUACCCCAUUGGUUCAAUAUAUACAUCAAUGAACUCAACAAAUCCAGCAAGUGUUUUAGGUUUCGGUACAUGGCAGCAGAUUGUAGAUAAAUUCUUAUACUGUGCUAACUCUUCAAAGCAAACAGGUGGUUCAAAGAAAAUUACUGAAGCAAACUUACCUGCGCACACUCAUACAGGAACUACAAACUUUUCUGGCGACCAUAGCAACUCAUUAAGAGACCACUCAUUAUACAACUCAGACUAUAAAGCUGGCUAUGACGUUUUAUCUCCAUCUUAUAACAAUUCAGCAAAAAAGACUUUUCGACCAACUGAACCAGGAGGAAAUCAUGUCCAUACUUUCACAACAAAUCCAACAGGCUCGGGUGAAGAUUACAUGCCACCAUUUAUGACAGUUUAUGCAUGGUUUCGCGUUCAAUGA